AUCUGUGUAGCCCCAGCAGUGCCACCUGUCAGUGUCCAUCAGUGCCAGCUGUCAGUGCUCAUCCAUGCCACCUGCCAGUGCCCAUCAGUGCCACAUCAAUGCCACAUAUCAGUGCCCAUCUGAGCUGCCUUUCAGUGUCACCCAUCAGUGCCAGUCAUUGCCACCUAUCAGUGCUAGUCAGUGCUGCCUAUUAGUGUGCAUCAAUGCUGCCUAUCAGUGCCCGUCAGUGCUGCCUAACAGUGCCAUGCCCAUCAGUGCCUCCUCAUCAGUGCCACCUAUCAGUGCAGCCUAUCAGUGCCCAUCACUGCAGCCUCAUUAG